UAGUGCCAAACAUCUCUUUUCCCUUCCUUUCGGUUUUGUAGAAACCUAUACCUCGAAUCCGGUCAAAACUAUCCUGGAAAAGCUUUUCUUCUUUGCUCACCGAUGACAUCUGGCAGGCAUCUUCUAGAUUUAGCAUAUGGCAUACUGCAGUACUGGGGUGGGCUCAUAUGCAACUCCCACCGGUUUAGCUUCACCAACAGCUGAAAAACUUCCGGCGCGGUCGACGGCGUGAUGCUUACUCUUCCUAGCACCAGUUAAAAAAACACAUUCUUUUUCUCUGAAAUUCUUCCUUUUGUCAACGGAGGAGACUCUGCUUCCCAGAAAUCGCCGUCGGGGGAGAAACAAAGAAGAAACAGCACAUUUCUACUCUCACAAGAACGAAUCGGACGUCUCCAAACAUCGCCAUCCCAAAGGCAAGACCCACCGCACCUGUGCAGAUCACUGUUAAUCAUCUGUUGAUACGGUCAAGCUUGGCUUCUCGACCGGUCCUCGAAUGCAAAGCGAAUUACGAGAGCUCAAUCCGCGUAAGCAUCCCGGCAAAAUACGAAGGGCGACGGGUGAAAUUCUAGUUCAUCACAGUCCGGGUGGGGUGGAUGGUGACUGGUGAGUGCGCGGUGCUUUCCGCUUCCGGUGCCGCGCGCAUGGCCAUGGCGGGCAUGCGGCCGCCAUUAACUCUGUUGCUUCCCCUGCUCGUUUCUUUCUUCAUCUCCCCUGCCUCCGCGGCUGAUACCAUCACUGCCAACUCUUCCCUCGCCGAUGGCCAGAAGCUUGUUUCCGCAGGUGGAGUCUUCGAGCUGGGGUUCUUCACCCCGGGGAACUCGACGGCGAGGUACUUGGGCAUCUGGUACAAGGACAUGGCCCCUACUACCGUGGUCUGGGUCGCCAACCGGGAGGAUGCGAUCACCGGCAUGACCGGGAGCCUGACCAUCAACAGCACCGGGAGCCUGGUGGUUGCUGACCGGUCGGGGCGCGUGUUCUGGUCGUCAGCGCCGUCGAACGUGAGCAGCACCGGCGCCCCGGUAGCGCAGCUGCUGGACAGCGGAAACUUCGUGCUCCGGGUCGGCAGCGGCGCGGGGGGCGCCAUCCUGUGGCAGAGCUUCAACCACCCGUCUGACACCCUGCUCCCGGGCAUGAAGCUCGGGUGGAACCUGACCGCCGGACUCGACCGGUACCUGACGACGUGGCGGAGCCCCGGCGACCCGUCACCGGGUGACUACACGUUCGGGAUCGACAUCCGCGGCGUGCCGGAGGGGUUCAUCUGGUACGACGGCGCGGUGCCUGUGUACCGGAACGGGCCGUGGAACGGGCUGCAGUUCAGCGGCGAGCCGGAGAUGGAGCCCAACAACAGUAACUUCCAGUUCGAGUUCGUCGCCAACGCGAGCAACGUGUACUACACGUUCCUAGUGAACGGCGGCGGCAGAAGCGGCGUCGUGUCGCGGUUCGUGCUCAACCAGUCGAGGGUGCAGCGCUACGUCUGGCUGCCGGGGGGGCAGGGGUGGAGCCUCUACUGGUCGCUGCCGCGGGACCAGUGCGACCACUACGCGCAGUGCGGCGCCUACGGCGUCUGCGACUCCAGCGGUUCGCCGAUCUGCGAUUGCCUCCACGGGUUCGCGCCGGCCUCGCCACGGGACUGGGCGCUCAGGGACAACUCCGCGGGCUGCGCGCGCAGGACGCGGCUCAACUGCACUGGGGACGGGUUCCUGCUGCUGCGUGGCGUGAAGCUGCCGGACACAACGAACGCGACGGAGGACGCGAGCAUCACCUUCGACCAGUGCAGGCAGAGGUGCCUGGCCAACUGCUCUUGCUUGGCCUACGCUGCCUCCAGCAUCAAGGGAGGCGAGAGCGGCUGCAUCAUCUGGAGCUCGAAGCUGAUAGACAUCAGGCAGUUCUCCUACGGUGGGCAGGAUCUGUACAUUCGUCUCGCGGCAUCCGAUUUGCCUUCAGAUGGAGGCGGUUCCAGCAGGAAAGACACAGUUCUUGCCGUCCUCGGAAGCUUAGCCGGUGCUCUUCUUUUGGGGUUUGGUGGAUUCUUCAUCUGGGCCAAGUUUUUCAGAAACAAAGGGACGUGUCAGAGCACGCAGAGGCUCACCUCAUUUGACUCCGGUGCCCCUCCUACUCCAGUCCAGGGCAGGACGAUCGAAGAUGAACACAGUCACAGCAAAGACCUUAAUGUCACUCUCUUUGACAUCAGCACAAUAAUUUACUCCACUGAUAAUUUUGCGACAUCGGCUAAGCUAGGAGAAGGCGGGUUUGGUGCAGUCUACAAGGGUGAAUUAGAAGGAGGGCAAACGGUGGCGGUGAAGCGGCUGUCGAAGUACUCGACGCAGGGGUUGGACGAGUUCAAGAACGAGGUCAUGCUCAUCGCCAAGCUGCAGCAUGUGAAUCUUGUCAGGCUUUUGGGUUGCUGCAUCCAUGGAGAGGAGAGGAUCCUGGUGUACGAGUUCAUGGAAAAUAAGAGCCUCGACAACAUUAUCUUUGAUAAGAGUCGAUCAGCACAGCUGAAUUGGUCCAAGAGGUUCAACAUCAUACUAGGCAUCGCACGGGGGCUCCUGUACCUGCACCAGGACUCCCGGUACAAGGUCAUCCACCGGGAUCUCAAGGCCGGCAACAUCCUCCUCGACAAGGACAUGAACCCCAAGAUCUCCGACUUCGGCGUGGCGAGGAUCUUCGGCGACGACACCGACUCGCACACCAGGAAAGUCGUCGGAACAUACGGGUACAUGUCUCCGGAGUACGCGAUGGAGGGCAUCUUCUCGGUGAAGUCGGACGUGUUCAGCUUCGGCGUGCUGCUCCUCGAGAUCGUCAGCGGCAGGAAGAACCGGGGAAUGUACAGCAGCGGCGAGCAGACGAGCCUCCUCAGCCACGCGUGGAAGCUGUGGAGGGAAGGCAACGUGCUGGCGCUGCUGGACGAGACGGUGGUGGGCGCCGGCGCGUACAGGAGCUCCGAGGUGCUGCGGUGCGUGCAGGUGGGGCUGCUGUGCGCGCAGGAGCGGCCCGAGGACCGGCCGCACAUGGCGGCAGUGUUCCUGGCGCUGAGCAACCCGGGGGCGGUCCUCCCGCAGCCGCGGCACCCGGGCUUCUGCAGCGACCGGGGCGGUUCCACGUCCACCGACGGCGAGUGGUCGUCCACCUGCACCGUCAAUGAUGUCACCGUCACCAUCGUCGAAGGCCGGUAACGCCACGUGGCGUCAGUCCUGAGCCGUGCAGCUUGGAUUCUGUCGUCCUUUGCGAUUUGUGGAUAGUGUGAUGGGAGAAGAAGAAGCAUUUCUCGUUGGGCCAGGCACGGGUCAUGUUGCGAUUUCCAGGCUGAAAACAGCACAAGGCAGCAUCAGCAGUGCUUCGGUUUGGUUUAUUUUCGGAGGCACAAUGGGGAGGAGGGAUGGAAGGAGAUACCAUGCCAUGCCAUGCCAUGCCACACCACACAACUAACCUGAAUCAUUUUGUAUUAGAGGUAAACUUAGGCACACAUCACUGUAUCUUCCUCAAGUUCCCUGCCUCGUUUAGCUUCGCUUUGCAUUUAACAAAGGUGAUUUCUCUCUCCAUAGUUCCCCUGCCUCAUUUAGCUUGCAGACAUGAUUAGAGACGAGGUAGCAAAAUAUACAAAAAUGUAUAAGAUAAUCAGGUUACGUUGUGGUUCUUUAUAAUAAGUAUGCCGAAAAAUAUGAAACAUCAAAUACAUGUACAUAGUUGAUGAUGAUUUGAUAACUACUCCCUUCAAUGAUAAA